GAAUCUGAUUAUUGGAGGAUUUAACUCAAGCUCGAGUUAUGGCUGGGAAAAAACAACCUAAAAGAGAAUGAACCCUCUGCUCAGCACCGACUUGUCAGCAAAGCCAUCCCUCACCCUGGCUACAACUUUAGUAACAUGAUGGACCAAACCUCACAAACUAGAGAGGACUACAACAAUGACCUGAUGCUGCUCCGCCUCAGCGAGCCUGCUGAAAUCACAGAUGUUGUGAAGCCCAUAGACCUCCCCACUGUGGAGCCCACUGUGGGGAGCAGAUGCCUUGCCUCAGGCUGGGGCAGCAUUACACCCAAAGAGGAGUACAAAUACCCAGAUGAUCUCCAGUGCGUGUACCUCAAGCUCAUGCCUAAUGAGGUCUGUGGCCUAAAGGUGACAGAAAAUAUGCUGUGUGCAGGAGAGAUGGAUGGAAGCAAAGACACUUGCAAGGGUGACUCAGGAGGCCCACUGAUCUGUGAUGGUGUUCUCCAAGGGAUCACAUCAAAUGGGCCUGUCCCAUGUGCUAAACCCAAUGUCCCAGCCCUAUACACCAAACUUAUUGUCUUCAACGACUGGAUGAAAUAUGUUAUGGCGAAUAACCCCUGAAUGUCACAUUGUCCCCUGUUCUCAAUAAAACCCACCAUGCAGUA